UCACACUGCUUUGUUGAUUCUUGAUUAGGUUCUGCAUUUUUUCUGUUUGCGGCGGCGGCGGCGCGUUUGAAGUAUUGUUUUCAAGUGCAGCAGAUUGUUUACUUUACGCCCACCCAACUGUGUAAACAAAUUCAGCGCAGGGCAGUAAACCAGUGAGCUCCAAACCUUCGAGCAACCAAGAUGUCGGGCACCAUACUGGAGAACCUGAGUGGCCGCAAGCUGUCCAUAUUGGUGGCCACUUUGCUGCUCUGCCAGGUGUUGUGCUUCCUGCUGGGCGGUCUGUAUGCCCCCCUGCCCGCCGGCCAUGUCACCGUGCUGGGAUCGCUGUGCCGCGAGGAUCACGCCCGCCAGAAUGACACCAGUUUCCUGCUGUACUCACGCGGUGCAGGAGCCUGCAUCCCAGUGACGCGAGAGGAGGUGGAGCAGGAUUCAACAAAGAUGGCCAAUGAGUUGGUGCACGUUUUCCAGAUGCCGCUGCCUCGUGACCUGCGCGACCUGGACUACUCCCGUUGGCAGCAGAAUCUGAUCGGUGUGCUACAGGUGGAGUUCGGCUAUGAUUCCUCGUCGGAGCUAAGGGAACCGCCCAGGGAACUUCAGUUGACAAUCGACAUGCGUCUGGCGUACCGAAAUAAGGGGGAUCCGGACAACGGCUGGAAGUUGUACGCCCACGGCGUCGAGCAUCGCUACCUGGAUUGUGUCACUUCUCAUGUGGGUCCCACAGAAACGCUGUACUCAUGCGACAUGAUACCGCUUUUCGAAUUGGGCGCAUUGCACCACAGCUUCUAUCUGCUGAACUUGCGUUUCCCGCUGGACACACCGAGCCAAAUGAACCUGCAGUUCGGCCAUAUGCACGAUCUCACGCUGACAGCUAUUCAUCAGAACGGAGGAUUCACACAGAUUUGGCUGUUGCUUAAGACAAUGCUGUUUCCAUUCGUAGUGGGCAUCAUGAUAUGGUUCUGGAGGCGAGUGCAUCUGCUGCAACGAUCCCCCGCCCUGCUGGAGUAUAUGCUUAUCUAUUUGGGAGCCGCUCUGACCUUCCUCAAUCUACCGCUGGAGUACUUGUCGCUGGUCUACGAGAUGCCGUACAUGCUGCUGCUAAGUGAUAUUCGCCAAGGCAUCUUUUAUGCCAUGCUGCUCACUUUCUGGCUGGUCUUCGCCGGUGAACACAUGCUCAUUCAGGAUGCUCCGAACAAGUCGACCAUUCGCUCGCGUUACUGGAAACAUCUCUCGGCCGUCGUCGUGGGCUGCAUCUCGCUGUUCGUCUUCGACAUCUGCGAAAGGGGCGUGCAGCUACGCAAUCCAUUCUACUCGAUCUGGACAACGCCGCUGGGCGCUAAGGUGGCCAUGACUUUCAUUGUUCUGGCCGGAGUUUCGGCAGCCAUUUAUUUCCUCUUUCUGUGCUACAUGAUAUGGAAGGUGUUUAGGAAUAUUGGCGACAAGCGCACCUCGCUGCCUUCGAUGUCCCAGGCGCGACGACUCCAUUAUGAAGUUCCUUUAGACCAGAAAGUUGAAGAUUGGGCCGGAAUCGUAUAUUUUUACACAAAAGCUUUUUUUUUUCAAUUGCAUAAGGCAAAUGAAAGUAAAGGUCUUAUCUAUCGCUUCAAGUUUUUGAUGCUGGCCACCCUUGUAUGUGCAGCUCUGACCGUCGCCGGCUUCAUUAUGGGCCAAAUGGCCGAGGGCCAGUGGGACUGGAACGACAAUGUGGCAAUUCAGCCAACUUCCGCCUUCCUGACCGGCGUCUACGGCAUGUGGAACAUCUAUAUCUUCGCCCUGCUCAUCCUGUACGCGCCCAGUCACAAGCAAUGGCCGACAAUGCACCACAGUGACGAGACCACACAGUCGAAUGAGAAUAUAGUUGCCUCAGCAGCCAGCGAGGAGAUCGAGUUCAGUCACCUGCCAUCGGACUCCAAUCCCAGCGAGAUCUCCUCACUCACCUCGUUCACACGCAAGGUGGCCUUCGAUUAGGCGGAAGGACUCGAAUUAUUGUUUUCUAAAGGGUUGUGUGCCAAACUGAGAUCACAAUUUGGCCUGCAGCCGCAACGCUUAAAGUGUGUGCUCAUUUAAUUACCAUAGUCAGUAGCAUUUCUUGCCUAGUUUUGCAUUCUGUGCAUUCGACAACGCGAUCAGCAUUAUUACUUAUCAUUAACAUAUAGAUUGUCUAGUUUUUCACAGCAUGCUCAAAGUGUACGAUUUUAUCAAAUGUAUUUUUAUGUAUGCGCCUCGGCAGUAUUAUCUAUUGAUGUCCAAUUGUGCUAGCUUGUAAGUUUUAACAUAUAUUAUCAAAUAACAUUUUAUACGUGUAAUAACGUUCAAGGGUGGUCCCAUUUUUUUUGCUGAACAACAUCUUGCCUCGGAAACUAUAUGUUUAACAUUGAGAUGAAUUAAAAAUCGAAUAGUGUAUUAAAAUGAUAUUAUUCAUAUAGUUUCAAGUGCCAAAUUGUCGACAGAUUAAAAAAGAACUCAUACUUACCACCCUAUAAUAUUUAUCCAGAGGACUCUGCCCAGAUUUUAAAACUAAAAACGUAGAGCAAUUUUGUAUUCAAGUAGCAAUGCAUCGAAUAAAAAGCAAUAUUG